AUGGGGUCCGUCAUGAGCCAUUUUGGCCUCAAGACGCGCACGCCGCCCGCACCCCAGCGCUUCCCCGCGCGCCUCCUCGCAGCCACCCCCGCCGCGAUGUCCGGGCCCGACGCGCGCGUCGGCGUGGCGCUCGUGGGGCUCGGGCGGGCCGGCCACUUCCACAUGACCUCCCUCGCCGGCAUCCCCGAUCGGGCGCGGCUCGCUUGGGUCGUGGAUGUGGACGGGGCCCGGGCCGAGGGCAUCGCCGCGCGGCAGGGCUGCAAAUGGGCCACAUCCCUGGCGCCCGCGCUGGCGGAUCCCGGCGUGCAGGUUGUGGUCGUGGCGUCGACAACGGACACCCACUUCCCUUUCAUCAUGGAGGCGCUGACCGCCAACAAGUCGGUGCUCACGGAGAAGCCCAUCUCCCACGAGCUGAAGGAAGUGGAGGAGGCGGUGCAGCUGGCAACAAGCAAGAACCUGCCUCUGUACUGUGGCUACCAGAGGCGCUGUGACAACAAUUUCCGAGUGCUCAAGAAGCACGUGGAAGACGGCUCCGUGGGCGAUCUCAAGGUGGUCAAGUGCUGCAGCAGGGACAACCCUGUGCCGCCAAUGGAGUACUUGCGCACCAGCGGAGGCAUCUUCCACGACAUGCUGAUCCACGAUUUCGAUAUGCUCAACUGGCUCAGCGGGGGCCAGGAGCCGGAGUCCGUGAUGUCUGUGGGCCACGCCUACAACAAGGAGAUCGAGGAGAUGGGUGACAUCGACACUGUCGCCGUGACGCUAAAGUACCCCAGUGGCCUCAUAGCAAUGGUGGACACGUGCCGCGACGCCUCGUACGGCUACGACCAGCGCAUCGAGGCGUUUGGCGCCAAGGGCAUGUUGACGGCGAAGAACGUGCUCACCAGCACCGUGGAGCUGGCCACUUCCGAAGGCCACCUAAUGCCCUGUGCGCAGUGGAGCUUUCCUCAGCGCUACAAGGAGGCGUACACCACCGAGCUCAAUGAGUUCAUCACGAUGGUGCGUGCAGGGGUCGACAGCGAGCACCACCGCCUUGAGCAAGAGGCGAUGUCGCGCCACCCGAGCAUCGUGCGCACCACGAUCGCCGCCGAGCUGUCGUGGAAGCUCGGCCGCUCUGUCGACCUGAAGGACUUGGAUGGGCUGCUUCUCGAGAGCGAGAAAGGCCCCGAGUCUGACACGCGCAGCACCUGCGACUCGUGCCCCAGCCUGGAGAACCACAGCUCUGACGAUGGCAAGAAUAUGUUCGGGGACACGUUCCGUAACUACGAGGACUCCUGCAGGCAGGAGGAGGUGGCAAGGACGUACAACACGAUGCACACCAAGCAGACGGUGGACUUCGGGCGACAGCAGCGUGACCGCUGGCUCAGGUUCCAGAAGGGAGAGUUCACCGUGAUGGAAGUCAUCGAGAUGCUCGACGACCUCGUCGACGAUUCUGAUCCCGACGUGGACCUUCCGAACAGCAUCCACGACUUCCAGACGGCGGAGCGCAUCCGCGCCCAGUGGCCUGACCACGACUGGUUCCACUUGGUGGGACUGCUGCACGACCUCGGGAAGGUCAUGGCGCUGCCGAGGUUCGCCGGGGACUGGGCCCUGGAGCAGUGGGCCGUCGUGGGCGACACCUUCCCGGUGGGGUGCGCCCCUGCCAUGGAUGCCGUCGUGUUCCCCGAGUCUUUCAAGCAGAACCCCGACUACAACCAUCCGGUGUACGGGACGCAGAACGGCAUCUACGAGCCAGGCUGCGGCAUCUCCAACCUGAUGUUCUCCUGGGGCCACGACGAGUACAUGUAUCAGAUGCUCAAGUUCAACGGCUGCACCAUCCCCGAGGAGGGUCUCAACAUGAUUCGGCUUCACUCGUGCUACCCGUGGCACGACAAGCGCGCUUACAAGCACUUCGAGGCCCCGGAGGACACGGAGACGCUUCGCUGGGUGAAGGAGUUCAACAAGUUCGAUCUGUACUCCAAGGGCGACGCAGUCCCCGAUGUCGAGGCACUGAAGCCCUACUACGAGUCUUUGCUCGCCAAGUACGGCAUCAGCGGUAAGCUGCGGUGGUGA